CUUAGCUGCGGUUGCCCUUUGGUCAUCUUACGUAGAUCGUCUAAAAUUCCUUGGAAGACCAAGCGUGUCGCUAUUAGUACUUCCUGGUCUCAGACACCUCCAUAUUUCGACUCAUACUUGCUUGUUCACAGCUGCAGUUGCAAACACCUGUUGCUGGCAUAUCUCCUAUGCCUGACUUCUUGAACGCAGUAGUCAGUGACGUGUCUGGCCACUGGAAGAGGGGAGCCACAGGCCAGGGUGGCUUAUUGUCAGGACUAGAUCCCACAGCGUUUACUACCUCGGAUCCCUUGAGGCUAUGGAUCAUUCAAAUGGGUAUAGUUAUUACGUUGGGGCAACUGCUCGCACUUGGUUUGGGCAAGAUCAAACAGCCGAAAGUUAUCGCUGAAGUCCUUGCUGGAAUUCUCCUCGGUCCCACUGCCAUGGGACGAAUCCCUGGUUUUACCGAACACAUAUUCCCCGCUCAAUCCCUCCCAUAUUUCUCGCUAGUUGCAAACAUUGGCCUCUGCCUCUUUCUUUUCAUAAUUGGUCUUGAAAUCGACGGGAGCAUCCUGAAGCGUAGUGCACGCUCAUCCGUGGUCAUCGCACUUUCUGCCAUAACCUUAUCCUUUGGUCUUGGCGCUGCCAUUUCUGUGCCACUCUACCACAAUUUUAUUGGUCCCUCCAUCAAGUUCACAUACUUCAUGCUUUUCACUGGCGUGUCAUUCUCUAUCACCGCUUUUCCCGUUCUUUGUCGCAUUCUCACCGCACUCAAGCUCCUAGACACGACUGUCGGCGCCAUUGUUCUCUCAGCUGGCGUGUGCAAUGAUGUGGUCGGUUGGAGUCUGCUAGCACUAGCUGUGGCCCUCGUCAAUGCAACCUCCGGCCUUGCCGCUCUAUGGAUCCUCCUAACUUCUGUGGCAUUUAUAGCAUUUCUCAUGUGGCCGGUUAGAAUCGCACUGCUGUGGUUUGCUACGUUCACAGGAAGUACGGAGAAUGGACCCACCAUGACUUUCAUGACAGUCACUAUUCUUAUCCUUUGGACGUCUGCGUUCUUCACGGACAUCGUGGGAGUCAAUGCUAUCUUUGGGGCGUUCCUGGCGGGUAUCAUUGUUCCCCGCGAAGGCGGUCUUGCCAUCUCGCUAACGGAGAAGCUUGAAGAUAUGGUGACAAUCGUGUUUUUGCCAUUGUACUUCACGUACUCCGGGUUAAAUACCAACCUCGGAUUGCUUAACAAUGGCAUCACUUGGGGAUUCACCAUCGCCAUUAUAUGUCUAGACUUUACUGGAAAAUUCAGUGCAUGUACAAUCACCUCACGGAUAUUCGGAAUGAGUUGGCGAGAAUCAAGCACUAUCGGAUCAUUGAUGACUUGCAAAGGUCUUGUUGAAUUGAUCGUGCUCAAUAUCGGGCUUGCCGCCGGCAUUCUCACCCCAACCGUGUUCUCUAUGUUUGUCUUUGAAGCUUUGGUCCUAACUUUCAUGACUACACCCCUCGUUUCCUGGCUUUAUCCGCCUGAACGCCGGGUCCGAGCUCCAGCUGGAGCUGGUAUUUCACGGGCGUCAACUGGAGACAGUGACGAAGAUAAAGGUGACCGGAAGUCUCCUAUGACUGAGGAUCAACCAUGGCGCUCCCGCUUUGCUGUUGUCCUCGACAAAUUCGACCACAUGUCGGGAAUGUUGGUGGCCACUCAGCUGCUGUGCCCGCCCUCUCUUGGACAACCCUCGGUCCGAUCAACUAAAUCGAUCAGCGCAUCCGACAAGAUCAAAAUGCCUGCGUUCAGCGUGGACGCUCUCCGUUUGAUCGAGCUAUCAGACCGUACUUCGGCCGUCAUGAAGUCUUCAGCGGUUGACACGCUCAUUCGCACUGACCCGGUUCUGGGCGUCUUCCGUACCUUUGGGGAGCUCAAUGAUCUAUCAGUAUCACUCUCGCUUUCUAUCGUCCCGUACGAGGACAUGCCAGAUACUGUCGCUGAUCAUGCGAAACGGUAUGGAUCUCAUCUCGUUCUCUUGCCGUGGCUGCCAUCGUCCAACUUCGGAGAUACAAAUGAGGUCCCAUCAAGUCCACACAGCAUGAAAGUCGAACCGAAUCCAUUCGAUGCGUUGUUCGGCGGCUCAAAAAGUAAUGGCAAGUCCACAGCUGUGAUCCACUCGCAGUUCGUGCGCAGAGUAUUUGCAGAGAGCAAGACCGAUGUUGCGCUGUUCAUCGAUCGGGCUGAUGCUGGUACUGGGAGUGUGCGGCACAUAUUUUUCCCCUUUUUCGGCGGUCCGGACGAUCGGCUUGCGCUCGAGUUCGUGGUGCAGCUUUGUGCUAAUCCAAGAACUAGUGCGACGGUUGUGAGGAUGUCAAAAAGUAGCGCUGAGAGUGCUGGAGUUCAAAGACCCUCGCUCGUGCAUCUAGAAAAGAAAGCAAGUUUAGACCCAGACCACGGAAUGCAUGUUUCUUCAAACAUCAUUUUUCCAGACCCAGCUGCCGGACAGUCCAACACCGUAACGCGUUUCAAAUCGGAGACAGCCGAUAGCAUCCUCUGGGCGCGAUAUGCCCAAUCCCAUCUUUCGUCUGACACACCGCCCUCGCUGUGUGCCGCCCUCUCCCGGAUCAACUUCUCUGAGCAUUCAUCGCCGAUACCACUACAUUCUGCCAUCCAGAUGGCGUCUGCGCACACGCCUGUUUUGGUAGUUGUUGGGCGCUCACAGCGCCUUGCGGGUGAAGAUCAUACAUUGGAGCUGCAGAAGAUUUUGGAGGAGCGGGGUAUCGUGGGGCAGGAUGUUGUUAGGCAGACUAUCGGCGAUUCUGCGACUGCGUUUGUUGCCUCGGGGUGUGCGACUGCGGUCGUUGUGCUCCAGGCUGCGAAUGUUAAUGCUGACUGAAGUGCAGGGUGAACGUCUGACUGGUGGAUUUGAGAUAUGGAUUUAACCCGAUCUUUAUGUAUGUAUAAAACAGUGCUCCAGUAUAGUAUCGGCUACCAGUCACUGUAUCAACAUUUGUAUAAUGCAGUGAUGGGCACCGUACAUGUAUGAUAUUGAUGAAUGGUCUCUCGGCCCUUUACCAUCAGAUGUUUGUUUCGUCACUUCACUCGCUCAGAGCGCU